GAGAGAAGAAAGGAGAAUAGAGACAGCCUGUACUGACGGGUGAAGAGACAGAGAGAGAGUGACAGCGAGAGAGACAAAGACGGCGUACACAGUAUAUCUGUGUACAAAGGCAGAGAGAGGUGUCUGACACACAGGAGAGACAAGAUACUGAGGAGUUCAACAUGCUGAGGAGGAGGAGGAGCGUGACGUUUGGUGGAUAUGGAUGGAUCGACAAGUCCACUCUGACUGCACUAAAGACCCGGAAACAAGACCUACUGAACAUCUCCACCGUCCCUUUGGGAGAAUGUCCGCCUUCGCCGCCCCACACUGCACCAGCCACCAUGAAGUCUGCAGAGUUCUUCGAUAUGCUGGAGAAGAUGCAGCUCCCGAAAGAGGAGGAAACCAAAAAAUGGAAGGAUGACUAUAUCCCCUACCCACGGAUAGAAGAUGUCCUAGAGAAAGGGAGUCCAUACCCACAGGUAAUCCUGCCACAGUUUGGAGGUUACUGGAUUGAAGAUGUUGAGAUGCCGGCUGGGACCCCAUCUUCUUCGGAGUCCAGUUUCUGUGAGGAGGAGGAUGGAGGAGAGGGCAUGAGCCCUGGGGAGGGGCACGGCUAUCGUUUGGAGUACAACAACACAGCGCGUGGAUAUCGCAAACACUUCCUGGGCAGGGAGCACAUGAAUUACUACUGCAGUGGCAGCAGCAUCGGCAACCUCAUCAUGUCUCUGAAACAUGAGGAGGCUGAGGGACAGGAGUUCCUUCGUAUAAUGCUCAGGUCGAGGACCAAAACUGUCCAUGAUCGGAUUUCUUUAGCCGAAAUCAGUCAGCUUCCCAGUGUACCUCAGAUUGCCAAGCUGCUGUGUGACGAUGCCACAGGGCUCAAGUUCAGUCCGGCUUUGUACCCUCGGGGAUCACAAUUGAUAGUGGCGUAUGACGAACACGAGGUGAACAACACAUUCAAGUUUGGAGUCAUCUACCAGAAAUUUAAACAGACGUCAGAGGAAGAACUGUUUGGCAACAAUGAGGAGACUCCAGCUUUCAAGGAAUUUCUUAGUGUCCUUGGAGACAACAUUGACCUUCAGGACUUUAACGGGUUCCGUGGUGGACUGGAUGUAUCUCAUGGACAGACAGGAUCUGAGUCGGUCUAUACUGUCUUCAGACAGAGAGAGAUUAUGUUCCAUGUGUCAACCAAGCUUCCCUUCACAGAGGGUGAUGUCCAGCAGCUCCAAAGAAAGAGGCACAUAGGAAAUGAUAUCGUGGCAGCAGUCUUCCAGGAAGAACCCACGCCAUUUGUUCCAGACAUGAUCGCCUCUAAUUUCCUGCAUGCCUAUGUGCUGGUACAGGCUGAGAACCCGUGUACAGAGCACACUACUUACAAGGUGUCAGUGACAGCGAGGGAGGACGUGCCUCCUUUUGGACCCCCUCUGCCGAACCCUGCUGUCUUCAAAAAGGGCCCCGAGUUUCGAGACUUCCUGCUGACGAAGCUGAUCAAUGCCGAAAAUGCCUGCUACAAAUCUGACAAAUUCGCCAAAUUGGAGGGGCGUACACGAGCCGCGUUGCUCGACAAUCUCCACGAUGAGCUACACAGACGGUCCCAGGCCACACUGGGCCUCAGCCAGACGGGAGAGGAGGACAAGCUGGAGAAUGGGGGGCAUGGCGGCCUGCUGGAGUCCUUCAAGAGAGCCAUGCGUGUCAGGAGCCACUCCAUGGAGACCAUGGUGGGGUCGCACCGUCACAGGAGCCCCGGUGUGGGAGGGGGCGUGCCAGCCAGUGUGAGUGGGGGACUGCCACAGAGCACCAGUGAAUGCACAAAAAGUACAUUCACGCCUCCCGCAUUAUCAGCCAAGUCUCCUCUGAAGAGUCCAGUGAAGCGGCGCUCAGGCCUCUUCCCUCGUUUGCACUUGAGUUCAGAGUCGUCGUCAGACAAACAUACACGCAGUGACCAAAAACCUGCUGACAACUGCCCAGUGUCCCAGGAAGUGAAGUCAGAAACAUUAUCCAAUCCCAGCUCACCUGAGAUCUGUCCCAAAGAGCGGCCGUUUAUCAAACUGAAGGAGUGCAGCGGCGGCAAACAGAACAUCUCUCGUUCGUCAUCCAGCACCAGCAGCUUCAGCAGCACAGCAGGAGAAACAGAGGUUCUGGAGGACCUGGACAGUCAGGCCAGCCAGCCGUCGUUUUCUGCCUUUAGCCCCACCCUCAGUGUAGACAGCCAGGGGCUAGGUACCCCAGUCAUCAUGUCUCGCAGUCCCACAGAUGGGAAAAGCAAGACAUCGCCGAGGUCAAACUUGAAGUUCCGCUUUGACAAAAUGAGCCACUCAUCUGCAACUAUGGAGUAGCUUUGGUGAAUGGCAGAAGAAAUAAUUUGCACAACAAACGGGACAGAAUGGGCUGAUGGAGCUGCAAAAAAAAAAAGAACCACAACAUCAAGACAAAACUACUGUAGAACUGCUUCACUAAGCCAAGGAUCAUCUGAGUCCCUGCGCACUAAAGAAACUGAAAAUACUGUGAGUGAAUCAUGAGCAGAAGCAGUUGAAACGCUGGCUUGAGCUUCUUUUCAAUCCACCUUUAGCUACAGAUAGUAGUCCAUACGUUGCUACCAGUUGCUGCACCUGACUUGCUCGUUGUUUGCUUUACACGGACGUCCUGGUACGGAUGUAAUACUGUGAGUGUAGGCUGAGCUGAACUGCCUAAAUAUUUUUUAUUUAAAUGAGAAGUAUAAUCGUGAAAACAUAAGACUAUGGCUGAACUGUUACUAUGUAUUUUUGACUGCUGAGAAGAGAGUUUGAAAAAUUCAACAGCUCAGUGACGUACGUGGCUGACAUCAGGGUGUCCUGUUUUGCCUUUGCUCUUAAAUAGUUCUCUAGCAACAUUUUAUAUACCUUAAAAAAAAAAGAAAUUUCAGACAGGUA